AUGGAGGAACUUGAGGAACGGUUUGGGGCUAACUUGCGUUUGUUAGACAGAGAACAACAUGGGGGUUUGUUGGGGUUUGUUGGGGUUUUCUCCCGCUUGUGGAAGGGGUCAUCUGAAGUGUCUAUCAAGGAGGUUGCUGAGAAGCGAUUCCUGGUAUGCUUUGCAAAUCAACUUGGUAUGGCUCGGGUCUUGGACAUGGAACCUUUGACCUUUUGCGAUGCCCUAGUCUUACUCAUCGAGAUACACGAUAUGAUGUGCGGUCGGUUAAACUCACUACAGGAGUCUUUUGGGUACAACUGCACGGGAUCUCUCCUUUGA